UCCCUGCUUCUGCGCUUCUUCCUCCUCCUCCUCCUCCUCGCCCGGCCUCGGCUGCCAGCAUCAUGUCCGCAGGGGGAGAUUUUGGGAACCCACUGAGAAAAUUCAAGUUGGUGUUCCUGGGGGAGCAGAGCGUCGGGAAGACGUCUCUGAUCACGAGGUUCAUGUAUGACAGCUUCGACAACACAUACCAGGCAACCAUUGGGAUUGACUUUUUGUCAAAAACCAUGUACCUGGAGGAUCGUACAGUGAGGCUGCAGCUCUGGGACACAGCAGGCCAGGAGCGGUUCCGCAGCCUGAUCCCCAGCUACAUCCGGGACUCCACAGUGGCCGUGGUGGUGUAUGACAUCACAAAUCUCAACUCCUUCCAACAGACCUCUAAGUGGAUUGAUGAUGUCAGGACAGAGAGGGGCAGUGAUGUCAUCAUCAUGCUGGUGGGCAACAAGACCGACCUGGCUGACAAGAGGCAGAUCACCAUUGAGGAAGGGGAGCAGCGCGCCAAAGAACUGAGCGUCAUGUUCAUUGAGACCAGUGCAAAGACCGGCUACAACGUGAAGCAGCUCUUCCGACGUGUGGCGUCAGCUCUGCCUGGAAUGGAGAAUGUCCAGGAGAAAAGCAAAGAAGGGAUGAUCGACAUCAAGCUGGAUAAGCCCCAGGAGCCCCCGGCCAGCGAGGGCGGCUGCUCCUGCUAAUGCGAGCCCGACAGGCUGGCUUCCUUUGAAACUACUCGCUUGUCGUGUUGCUUCCUAUUGGUUAGCUUCCUAAAGGGGGCGGGAAAUGA